CCUUAACAACAAGAUAAUCUCAUAUUCUCUCUCUCCCUCUCUUUUCCCUCUUCUUUGCUUCCUAGCUACCCCCUCCUUUAUUUCUCUCUCUAACUUUUUAUGCUGGUAGCAUUAAGGAAGGACAGCACAAGAGACCAGUUCAUCCCUGCUUGCCUCUCAUAGUCAUCUUCUUGAGAGAGAAAGAGAGAGAGGAGAGAGAAAGGAGGAGUAGAGUAACUCCAGUACUAGAGACACAGACACCCACCAAGGCCAAAGCAGAAGCACAAACAAGAGAAGAGAAGAGAAGAGAGCCCCCCUCUCCCUCUCUCUUCCACACAACACCAAGAACCUUCUCUUCCACCUCCCUCUUGUAUAUAUCCAUCACCGAUCGCACGCAUGAGCUCGAUCUCCAAGCAGCUAGCCGGAGAUCGAUGAAGAGAGGAGGAGGAGGGACGACGGGGUGGGAACAACCGCAAGCGUGCGAUCAGGAGAGAGGGGCGUCAGUAGCAGCCGAAGGUAGACGGCGGGCGAUGGAGGCGGCGUCGCCGGACCUGUCGCUGCACAUCAGCCUGCCCAGCAGCGCCUCGGGGCCCGGCCCGUCCGGCGGCGGGCGCGCCGCCGUGGGGGGAGCGGGAGGAGGAGGAGGAGGAGGCGCUGGGGGAGGAGACCCGUGGCGGAGACUGAACGGGUCGACGGCGUCCACGGAGCUGUCCCUGUCGCCGCCGGCCGAGCAGGAGCACGCGGACGCGCUGCCGUGGCGACACCGGCCGUCGGCGGCGGCGGCGGCGGCCGUGUCCUCCUCCGCGGCCACCACGUCGGUGGGGGGCGCCGCGCUGAUGAUGCCCGCCGCCAUGCCGAUGCCGAUGCUGCAGCCGCUGGACGGUGGGGGCGGGCUAGCCGGCUCCGGCGGAGGGGGCGCGUCGGUGGCGCCGCCUAUCCGAGGGAUACCUAUCUACAGCGGCCCGGGGGGAUUCCCGUUCCUGCCGCCGGCAACCGGGGCAGACGGCGGCCCCCUCCACCACCACCACCAACAGCAACAGCAGCAGAAGCUCGGGUUCUACGGCUCGUACCACCCGAGCACGUGGCCGUCGUCGCUCGGCUCCACGUCGCCGUCGCCGUCGCCGCUCGCGCCGGGCACGCCGCCGCCGUCCACGCUGGACCCCGCGUCGGCGUUCCUGUCGUCCCCGGCCGCGCACCACCACCACCACCGGAUGCUGUCGGCAUCGGGCAGGCUCAACGGCAUGCUCACGGACACCCUCCGCGGCUACGGCGGUAGCGGCGUGGUCGGUGGCCUGGGCGGCAUCGUCGGCGGACACCACCACCACCACCACCACCUCCACGGCGCGCAGCCGUUCGGCCUGGGCUCCCGGUUCAUGCCCAAGCUCCCCGCCAAGCGCAGCAUGCGCGCGCCGCGCAUGCGGUGGACCAGCACGCUCCACGCCCGCUUCGUGCACGCCGUCGAGCUCCUCGGAGGCCACGAGAGGGCUACGCCCAAGUCGGUGCUGGAGCUCAUGGACGUGAAGGAUCUGACCCUAGCGCACGUCAAGAGCCAUCUCCAGAUGUAUCGGACCGUGAAGAGCACUGACAAGCCUGCGGCGUCAUCAGGCGGGAACGACGGCGGCUCCGGCGACGAGGACUUCCCCGGCGCCGGCCAGGCAGCCUCCGGCGGCGAGAACAACAUGUGCGUGAGGACGUUCGGGGAGCACCACCAGCGGUCCACCUCCGAGGGCGCGGCGAGCUCGGUGGGUGGCGGCGGCGGCGACAUGGACCAGUCUUCGGCGGGCAACACCAGCACCAGGUGGAGCAACUCGUCCAGGGACCCAUGGCUGUCGUCGAAUUCAUGCAACAUGGACGCUCAUCGUUUGGCAGGGUUGUCUUCUCCAAUUGAGAACGCGGAGCCUUGCCGAUCGAGCAGCUCGCAGGUGUCAAACCACGAGCUGAGCAGCCCGAGCCUGGAGUUCACGCUUGGGAGACCGGACUGGCAGGGCACGGAUCAUGACUAGCUACUGGCUAUUAGCUAGCCAUGUUUCGUGAAGCAGCUCACAGAACCUAGCUAGAAGGCUAAUUUCUUCAUUGAGGGUUAUAGUAGCAGCAGUACUGAUAUCAGGAAUGCCUGAUGAUCUCCAACUCGUAGGCGACAACGACAGGUCUUCGCCUGCGAAGAUGAACAAUCAACCAACAAGUACAGCAGCAGCAGCAGCAACCGCAGCAUCUCGUCUCCACCGGUGUGGUCUUGUGGAGAUGGGAGUACGUGCCGAUGGAGCACCGUACCGGGAAGAAACUAAAGACUUACUGGGUCUCUCUCUCAGAGAGAGAGAGAGAGAGAGAGAGAGAAAGAGAGUUGAGUCGUCGUCUUUUGGGUGGUUUGUUUGUUAGAUUGGUCAUGUUCCUGAUUUCCUUUUCUUUCUUGGUUCUCUCUUUUUGUUUUCCUUCUGACAUGUCAAGCGGGGCGAGAUUAUAUUACAGCGCUGCCGCUGUGGCGGUGCAGCUGGGAUGGGAGUAGUAGCUACCUGCUGAUCGAUGAGAAUGAUGGCGAGAGAGGCGUAAAGCUAGCCGUAGUGUGUGGUUUGUGUGAGUGAGUGAGUGAGUGAGUGAGUCGUGUGCGUUCAUCCAUGUUUGGUGUGGUCGAUGUCGUCGUGGCCCUGGUAAGCUAGCUAGCUAGCUUGCGUAUCAUUAGCACAUGGAAAGUUGGAAAGGAGAAAAGAAAGAAAAGGGAAUGAGUUCUCAUGAAGCAAUCUAACUGAGAUGAAGAUUUCAUCCUUUUUGUGCA